UUUUAUGAUGGUUCGCUUUGUGCCAGCUUAAGUUUCAAGUCGUUCUCCAUCUUUGCCGUCCUAUGCAUGCAGACAUGCAGAGCUUAGUGUCGCCUGCGACUGUAAUUAGUACUGCUUCUUUCUCUUCUGCCCUGGAUGAAACCGAAGCAGAUUCUCUUCUCGUUAUCGUUUUGGCUUUUGGCUAGUAGACCAUCGAUGAUCGAUGAUCGAUCGUUGUAGUUCUGCUCUUUGUUUUGAUCCAUCACUUCUCCAGCCUUCAUGUUUUACCUGCAUGCAGGUUUAUUACUCUGAUAGUAAGAUCCUAACGCCGCCGAUCAUGCUGAACACACCACCUGUGAUGAGUGUGUGACCUAUUUUAUUUUGAACUAGUCCAUUUUGUGAGAGAUUGUUCACAUGCAGAAAUAUGCAUGUGCACGACAAGCAAGAGAUAAGUAGGCCCCCUUGUUUGCACUUCGCCGCCUAUAUAUGGCUAGUCUCGAUUCCUCAUCUCUCUUGAUCCGCCACAUCCUAGGUAGUACCAAACUUUAUAAUGAAGAUUAUCCACCUGAUCACCUCAUCCUCCUCCGAAUGGCUAACAUCUUGUUUCUCUACUGUAUAUACCCUCGAUCUGAUGGUUCUCGCCAUUCUUUGACAUCUUGAUCGAUCUCUUUGCAAGCGUCGCAUCAUCUACGCUUUGCAACUAUACAUCGCCCUAGCUAGCUUGCAGAUCGCAAGCUAGAUAGCAAUGGAGAACCACCAGCUGCCCUACACCACCCAGCCCCCGGCAACCGGUGCGUCCGGAGCCCCGCUGCCGGGCGUGCCUGGGCCGCCGCCGGUGCCACACCACCACCUGCUCCAGCAGCAGCAGGCCCAGCUGCAGGCGUUCUGGGCGUACCAGCGGCAGGAGGCGGAGCGCGCAUCGGCGUCCGACUUUAAGAACCACCAGCUGCCGCUGGCGCGUAUCAAGAAGAUCAUGAAGGCCGACGAGGACGUGCGCAUGAUCUCCGCGGAGGCGCCCGUGCUCUUCGCCAAGGCCUGCGAGCUCUUCAUCCUCGAGCUCACCAUCCGCUCCUGGCUGCACGCCGAGGAGAACAAGCGCCGCACACUGCAGCGCAACGACGUCGCCGCUGCCAUCGCGCGCACCGACGUCUUCGACUUCCUCGUCGACAUUGUGCCGCGCGAGGAGGCCAAGGAGGAGCCCGGCAGCGCAGCCCUCGGGUUUGCCGCCGGAGGGGUUGGUGCGGCCGGUGGGGGCCCCGCCGCUGGGCUGCCGUACUACUAUCCGCCGAUGGGGCAGCCGGCGGCACCGAUGAUGCCGGCCUGGCAUGUUCCGGCGUGGGAACCUGCGUGGCAGCAAGGCGGGGCGGGCGUGGACCAGGGUGCCGGGAGCUUCGGCGAGGAAGGGCAAGGGUUCACGGGGGGGCAUGGUGGCUCAGCUGGCUUCCCUCCUGGGCCUCCAAGCUCCGAGUGAUCGAUGCCAGAGCUGCAUGCGCGCAUUGGAUACUCCUUGCUAGUAUUUACGGAUUCCAGUAUUUACCAUGGCGCGCAGUGUAAUUGUAAUUGCCUCUUGCAAUUGUGUAAGUAUGGCAUGUCUUGCGUUAAUUAAGGACUAACAACAAGCAGUUAUUUAUCCCUUUGGAAAAAAAACAAGCAGAUAACUACCAUGAGUUUGAAAUUUGAA